AGGAGUGACGGAGCUCUCGAAGCUUGCGCUCCAGAAUCGGAAGGAGUGGAGCGAGAGUAUGGGCGACAAACCGCUCUGGAACAAAGAUUUAAUCAACAUCUCUUUGAAUCCGGAAAAGUCGCCUACCUUUUUCCUCUGGAUUUGGAUCCCUUUCCUGCUCUUUCGGCUCCUCUUCUAUAAAACGCCGACCUACUGCUACUGCUUCCGCCUCUGUGUUCUCAGCCAUGGUGCUCGAGGGCCAUCCCCAGACCAAGGUUGGGAUCGGCAUUCCAUCGAACGAUUCGUGCGCGCCGGCGGCGGCAGCGAUCAAGUCCUCAAAGAGGAGCAGGCUGAAUAAGACCCCGCAGCGCGGCCUCGGGGUCGCGCAAUUGGAGCGUCUCCGCUGCCUCGAAGAGCAGCACAAGAACGCCGGCGACGCUUCUUCCUCCUUGGACCCCUCACAGCCUUUUGGACUCUCGCCGCCGCCACGGCCUGUAACCGAUGCCGCCCCCAUGAAUGAGCAGCAACGGCCGCACCAGCAACAGCCGCCAGGAUUUUCCCCGACGCUUUGGGAUGCUGUCGAUCUUAACGAUGAUCCUUCAGCGAAGAAAAUCGAAACCCCUUUUUUCAGUAGCAAUGCCCGAUCGGCAAACUUGGUCUACAUGAAGCGGCAACAGCGACCGCCAACUGAACUGGUGAAUUCUUCUUCGACAUUUCUCUUGUCACCUGGAGUGAAUCAGCCUAUGGAGCCCCCUUCAAACCAAAACACCUCUAACAAUUACGACUUGCUUUCUUGUUGGAGAGAUCAGGGAAAGAAUUUAGUAGAAAUAGUUGGCAACAGGCUGUCUCGCCCUUCUCAUCUCGACAAUCCCACGGCUUAUUACCCUCAAAAUCCUUUGCUCUCCAGAGAUGAUUACUGGCCACCAAUUCCGCACACUUCACGAAAAAGAGGAACCACUUCAACUUCCUUCAUGGACAUAAGGAGUUCGGAUAGUUAUAGUGAGAAAAGGAACAAAGAAGGUUGCAGGGGUAAUAAUGGUGUUUGUUUUAGCUUAGGUUUGGUCUCCACAUCGAAUUCGCGAUCUAUUGGCAACCCUGCGUAUCGUCAGUAUGAUUGUCCUAAUUUCGGCUUGCAACAUAAUCAGAAAAGCUCAGACAAUGUCUCUUCAUCUAUUCUAUAAUUUCCUGUCUCCUGGUCCAACUAGAAAUGAGAAAAGACCAUCUGUGAUGAGAGAACCACUAGUUGGUGGAAUUGAUCUCGACCGGAAACUUUAGGAGAUUUUUGUGCUUUGGAUGGAUUCUUCAUACAAAUAAUUAUUCCAUGGUCAUCUUUUGUUAUUUAUUGUAUCAAGACAAAGUGGCACAUAACAACCACAUAAGACAUCAGAAGCUCUAUCUCUUCAGAAAUGGAUGAAAAAGGCCAUGCGAAUGAAGAACUCCCAUGGCUCAACUUAAAAUGGAGCGAGUUGCUCACUUAAGUACCAGAAACCUUUUGUUUCAGCUCUUUUGAGUAUUUUCUUCUCUGUUGAAUUGUGGCGUGAUAAGAUAUUGAUCUGGCGAAUGUGUAAGCUGGUAUUUGAUGAGACGCCAAGAGUGGUAGAAACCAAAUUGUGAUUUCUUCACUAUCAAGCCCUAUUUGUUUACAUAGGGAGACUUGAAUCACUAAAGGAGUUUCAGCACAGUGGACAGACAGCGACAAGCACCCAAAAUUUCAGCUACACCUUGUUGAUGGGUCAAGAACAAUCCAUCAUUCGCUUGAUUCAAAUUAAUCGUAUGGACAACCAUAUAAAACAGAAACGGUGUAUCAAACAUUCAAACGUUCAGAUCUCUACUUCAAUAUUUGUCGUUUGUUCAGUGUCUUUCCUGACGGAUUAAAUUUAUCCCAUGUGGUUGUAAUUCUUCUUUCUUUAGUAAAACCCACAGAGUGUUCCAGUUAUGAUGCAAGUGAGAAUGAAAGACGCUGAACUUUCUCAAUGGGAACAUCUAAUGUGUUUGCAUCUCUUCCUGGUGAAAUUACCAAAGUUCUGAUUAUGCUA